AUGGUAGAAAAAGGUGCCAAAGGCAUGCUGGCAGUGGAAGAGGCAGGGGAUGCAUCAGUGUCGCCUGGAGCUGGCGGAAGUGUCAAUGAGUGGAGAUGCACACACUCCACUCCAAGUGUUCACCCCAGGAUGGCGGCGGCUCAGGGACCUGCGGACCCCUCUUCGCCAGAACAGAUGUCGUGGAGGAUGAUCAGCCAGCCCACCCACACAGCUGUGGAAGGCACGUCCCGUAGCCUGCAUCCUGCUGGGCCUGGGGAAGUGUGGGCACAGGGCGAGGCAAUCUCCACCCUGGAGGUCACGCAUGAGGCCCAUGACGACCAGUCAGAGAACGGUGCCCUGCCCAGCGAGGCCACCAGAAGGACCAUAGCUGCCAACAGGGCAAAUGGCGCAACCAGAUCGAGUUUAUACUGA